UUUUGGAGCACAUUAUUCCAUUCAAAGAAUUUAACAUUAACCCAAAUUGUAUUUAAACACAUAGUGAAUACCCCGAUUACAAUGAAAAUACAACCCUGUCAUAUAAUUUACUAAUCUCAUGUGACAAAGAAAAUGUUAAGCCAGUUGGGACGAGAUUUAUCCACUGCCGAGCAACGAAUUUUGGAUCACCGAGCCUUCGUAAAUGGGGAAAUAAACAAUUUUCUGAAUGAGUUUGAGUUGAAACGUAACGAAGUGGAGGUGGAAACGUUGUUCAAAGUUACUGAAAUUAUAGGCGACGUGAAGUACGACCUACAUGAGCGGUGCAUGGUUCUUAGUACAACAUAUUUAGAGGAUUUAAAUCUAGAAGUUAAUAAUUUGUUAAUUGGUGUUGAAGGCUUCCUCACCAAGGUGGAAUCACAGAGAAAGCCUUCCCAAUCUUUAACCCAGUCUCGUAAAGAUCGUGAAGAGAAGAAAGCAAAUUUCCUUAUAGAAUUGGAACACAAAUACAAACGAGUCAAGAACUCAUUUGAAGAAAAGGAGGAAGAAAUAGAUGAACUUUAUUCAGAUUUACAAGUCAAAUUGAACAUACCUAAAUAAGGUUGCUGUUACAGUGGCAAAAUGACAAAGAUAAGUAUUGCUGAUACCCGCGUUCGAGUACAACCGUCUCGGAAACUCUUGCAACUCAUUGAGGAACAUAAAGAUAUCAUCACUGAAAUUCCCGAAAAUUUAAAAAAAGUUUUGAAAACAAAUGGUUUUCAUAUUGAGAGUGGUAUUGAGUUGCUUGGCUCAGAUUCCAUAAAAAAGGAAGAAAUUGAUUUGAAAUUACUUCGACAAGUAGAAGAACUCUUAGAUGAAGAUGCACCGAAAGCCAUUCCUCCAAAAGCAAA